UGCUUCAGGUUCUACAGCAGGGAUUGGGCGAAAGGGUUGUUUGCCGCCGCGGCACGAAGGUCCCGGCAGCGCGGCCGAGCAGGAAGGAGGGAGCGGGUGCCUCGUGUCUCUCUCCCCGUCCUGCUCCAGUCGUCUCCGCCUCCCCUGCAGGCGCCCCGCGCGUUCUCGAGCUGUCCCGCCGCCUAUUGUCCCCGCGCCAUGUGACCCUGAACGGUGACAAAGCACUUUUCCUUUCUGCUUAGUCAUCGCCGCUGUCUAAGAAGGGAGUCCGGCGAGCCGCCCGCCGCCAGUCUUUCGAGCCCGGGAGCCGCCGCCGCCGCCUGCUCUCCUCCAGCCUGCCCGCAGCAGUUCUUGCGGAGCCGCCGAGCGCCGAACGCCCGCAUGGGGACCGAGGGCGGCAGCGCCGGCGUUCUACUAGGACAAGCCGACGUCCUCAACCUGCAGACGGGCAACUUGCUCAACUGGGGCCGCCUGCGGAAGAAGUGCCCCGCGACCCCCAGCGAAGAGCUGCGGGAUUGCAUUAAAAAAACCUUAAAUGAAUGGAGUUCAAAGAUCAGCCCCGAUCUAAUGCAGGAGAUGCCAAAAAUCCUUGAAUGUACUCUGGCUCAAGCAGUAGAAAAGAUCAACCCUGAAGAAAGGGAAGAGUUAAAAGUUUCAGCAAAACUAUUCAUUGCAGGAUCAAACUCAUCAUCAAUCAGAGAAGCAGUCAGUAUGACAUGUUCUGCCCUUGGAGUGGACCAGUUAGAUUCUGUGAUUAUUGCUCCUCCUCCAACUGAAGACGGAAUUAAUCUUUCCCUAGAGUAUUUACAACCUUACUGGGCAGAGCUUGAAAACUUAGUUCAAAACAAAAAGAUUGUUGCCAUAGGGACUUCUGAUCUAGAUAAAGUGCUGUUGGAGCAGCUGUUCUUGUGGGCACAGGUGAAGCCAAGCAGUAACCAGGUGAACCUUGCUUCCUGUUGUGUGAUGCCACCAGAUCUGACCGCCUUUGCAAAAGAAUUUGACAUCCAGUUGUUAACUCAUAAUGAUCCAAAAGAACUGCUUUGUGAAGCAAGCUUCCAAGAAACUCUUCAGGAAAGCAUUCCAGAUUGCCAAGUACAUGAAUGGAAUCCACUGUGGCUUCUCCGGUAUUCAGUCAUUGUGAAGAGCAGAGGAAUUAUCAAGUCCAAAGGUUACAUCUUACAAGCAAAAAGAAUACUGUCAUCUUAAGACUUUUAACAAUGGCCUGUUUUUGAAAAGACCUCAUCUCUACAAGGCAUUGCUCCAAGGUGCAAACUAGAAAAUUCAAAAGAACAAAUGUGUUACUAUCAAGUGGUCAGUGACGCCCAGAAUGUAUAGUGGUAUAUCUGUGUGACAGCAUAGUCAAUCUGGCUAUUUCCUUUCUUUUCUUCUUUGUAUGCAGACCAGCUUGCUCAAGUGGGAAAUAAUUGUUUUCACUAAACAUGUUCAUUAAUUUAGACAUGAUAUAUAAAUAAAAUUAUUUAGAUAUUUUAACGAGUAAUAUAAAUUAAAAAAUCAACUAGCUGUAUUUUGAUUGAAAUAUUUUUUAUUUACAAGGAUAAAUGUACCUUGUUUUCUUAUUGUUGCUGCUCUAGCAGAAAAAAAAAUUAUCGACCCUGGUGGAAUAAGUAGCUUUCCAGCCUAAGCCUAUGGGACAAACAAGUGUAUGUAAACAGAAUUGCUUGAUAUAGUCAUGAAUGUUCAUUUGAUAUUUUCCUCAUCAUAGUAGAAAAUGCCUUGCAAAAGUUAAAUUAACUUUUUUCUUCUGUUCUGAGGUACGUCCCACUUGGACUUUGCUUGUAACCAAGCAAGCUGGCACAUUUCUGAUAGACUUAUAACAGCAGGAGAACAGUGUUUAAGCUUAAUAAUAAAGCUUAGCUGUUUUUGCUUUUGCUGGUGUUUUAGCAAUCAUACACAUUUUGAAAACCAUAAAAGGCUCAUGCUUGAUGUGUUGAUAAAAACCCCAGCAUUGCAUACACAGUAGAUUAUCGUGCAAUGGAUUUAUCUUAUUCAGAGAUCACAAAAAGAACUCUUACUUUCUCAAAGCUAACCAGAGAUCUGGCCAGAGAAAGUUUCUAUGUUUGGUGCAUAUAUACAGUUGAUUGCUUAACCUAAGGAAACAGAUACAUGUGCUAUUUGAAUAAGAUUAAACAUAAUGCACUAGUGAAGAGUUUCCUAGGUGAUGGCUCGCUUUAUCUGGAAUUAAAACUUCUACAUUUUUUAUCAGAAGUAAUGUUUGUCCUAGGCAGCUAGAAUGUGUAAUCAUUUUUGUAUUGUCCAAAAUAUAUCUAAAUAAGUUAAUCAUUCCACUGGAUAAACAUCUCGUGCUUUUAUUUAUAAAGAUUUUGAACAAGAAGACUAAGCACAUGGAGAUGUUUCUGACUCAUGUAUUUUAAGCAUGUGGUUGACAUCUCACUUGUCAGCUUCUGGGAGUUCACUUCCACUGAAAUUAUUGGGCAUUAUUAAUGAAUGAUGUGUGAGGUUUAUACAAUAGUUGGUUGGGAAUAGUCUUGGACAACUAAUGGAAUAGAUUUCAGUGCAACAUUUCAGACAGGAUCCUGGAGUAAACUUUGACUUGCUGCUUAAAAUAUUUGAAUAGUUCUGAAGAGUGAUUUUAAAAGUAGGGUGAUUAUACUGAAUGUGCAAGAAAAUUUUUAUAUUCAAAAUUAGGAGUGGAUUACAAAACUUUUAAUUUUGACUGUAGAGAGGCAAAAUUGUAUAUAGUCCUAAUGGUCUUACUUAAACUUCUGUACUGGAUGCGCUUUUUACUAUUUUGAGAUCAUUAUUGUUGAUUAAGGAUGCUUGUUUUUACAAAAAUCUGCUGGUAACAGUUUGUCCUUUGUAUGAGAGCAGACGUUCAGGUUCAAGUUCUGUUCCAGUUUACAAAAAAAAUAAACAUUUCGCCCUGUUCUUUCUUCAGUGA